AACGUUCAUUGUUCAUUCUUCGAUCGUUAAUGAAUAUUAAUUACAUCAAGGAUAAAACUAGCGAACUCCGAGUCAGUGAUUUAAAUCAGAAAGCCUUAGAAUACAAAUCUGAAAAUAGAAACUUGUCUCGAGUGCUAAACUUUAUGGAACUGGAAGUGGGUAACAAUUCCAAAUGUUCUAAGAAAUAUCUGGAAAUAUUAUGCGAACUUGCUCGUCUACUAAACCUUAACAGUUUAUCAGAAACUAGUUAUAUGAUGGCUUUGAUAAAUCUUAAAAACGAAAUGCAGGUGGUCUCCGAACAGAAAUUCAAAUUAAAACCCAGUAUUGACAACCACUCGAGUAUGAAGAUCCACUACGGCCUGACCCAUUCUACAUUAUCUAGGACCAUCAGUUUUUGUCAGGAGCCAGUUGUAGGAUUGGAAAAUGGUUUUCAGAAAUUCACUUCAUUAAAGGAAAAAGCCAAAUCUACUGGCAUUGACACAACACUUGUCCAUGGGGCUAUUUUGGAUAGUGUGAAAGCUAAAGACAAAAUUGUGAAGAACACUAAUUCUCUUGAAUGUCGGUUGACAGAGUUCAAUAAGUUGCCAUUAACUUUAAGGUCGAUAAGCAACGAAAUAAGUAAACUAGAAUUCUAUAAAAAUCAACUUCAAGAAGAAUUAGAUGAUUUGCUAAAACAAAAGAGUUGUACCUACUCUCAAUUUUAACCACAAUCGAGAAAAUAUUUUUGGACGCUUUAGAUUUUGAUAUUUAAAUUGUUUUC